AUGGAGGAUGCGGCGCCGACCAUCCCUGAAAUGCACACUCCCAAGAGGCACGGACCCGUCAGUGUCGACGACCUGCAGGAUCCGCCGGCGGGCGGCAGCGCCGGCAGGGACAUCGACCACCACCUCGCCGUCAUCAGCCGCCUUCCCGCCGCGGUGCUCGGCACCUUCGUCUCCCUCCUCCGCACUGACGGCGCCCGCACGCAGGCCCUCUCCCGCCGCUGGCGCCCCCUCUGGCGCUCCUCCGACGCGCCGCUCAACCUCGUGGCGGAUCGUGCCCUCUCACGCGACGAUUCGCGCGCCGCGCUGGUCUCCAGGAUCCUCUCCGAACACCCCGGCCCGGCACGCCGCUUCUCGCUCCACCUCCUCUUCUCCCCCGACAACCUGGACGAGGUCGACGGCUGGUUCCGCUCCGGCUCCCUCACUGGCCUCCAAGACCUCGAGCCUCGGUGGCUGCCGAGCUUCCCGCACCUCAAACAGCUCAUCCUCUUUGACGUCGACAUCUUGGAGCAAUCUCUGCAAAGCAUGAUCUCUGGCUGCGCUGUUCUGCAAAGUGUCUCGCUGCACAACAUGGGCUUUGGUCGCCUUUGCAUCAGCUCGCCGACGCACAGGGGCAUCGGCUUCUAUGCUCCUUGUGUGAAAGGUGUCGUCGCCUUCCAGGAGCUGGUCAUUGACGACGCCCCUUGCCUUGAGAGAUUGUUACCAAUUUAUCCAGACUCUAGUCCGGCGACCAUACGAGUGAUCCAGGCUCCUAAACUGGAGAUACUUGGCUUCUUGUCUGAACACAUAUCUACACUCCACCUUGGAACCACAGUCUUUCAGAAGAUGAUUGCUGUCAGCUUGACAACCAAAAUACACUCAAUGAAGAUUUUGGUUCUUGACUCUAUUGGCCCUAAUCUGAGUGUGGUUGUUGACUUCUUGAAGUGCUUCCCCUGCUUGGAGAAGCUCUAUGUCAUUUUGAAUCGGCACAAGGAUGUAAAUUAUGUGUGGAAGCAUGGUCCAUUGGAUCCAGUUCGAUGCCUUGAGCUCCAUCUAAAAGAAGUGGUGUUGAAGAAUUACAAUGGUGACAGGAGGGCAUUUACUAACCUUGCUAAGUUCUUUAUUUUGAAUGCAAAAGUGCUGAAAGAAAUGGAAAUCGGAUUCUUUCAAAUUGGCAACGAAGAAUGGGUUUGUUGUCAACAUAGGCAGCUACAAGUUGAGAAUAGAGCUUCUCAAGACGCUCGAAUUGAACUAAAAGAUGAUAUGGACCUGAAAUUCACUAACCAUGUGCAUACCCAUAAUUUGUCAAUUGCUGAUCCCUUUGACAGAUCCUUGUGUGGAUGCUCCAAGUGUGUUAGGUAG